CAGCCGUCCUGGCACUUCCAAUUGUUCGCCCAGACAUCCCUAUUACGAAUAUCCUCAUUAAUGUGUCAUUCCAGAGUCUUCAAUGGAGGCAGAACCGCCCCCCGCGGCGGAGGUGCGCACGCCGACUCACAACCUGCCGGAAGAAUCUCUCCCGCCCUCCUCCUUCGACCAGCGUGAUGUGCGAAAGAAUGCUGUCGCACGGCUCAAACGAGCGGCGUCUCUGCCACGAAUGAAAGACGGCCGACGCCCUCCACCGAUGCAUCCUGAGGGCGUCAGCGAAGGGGAAAAGGUCAACACGGAUGAUGAACGUCAGGUGGACACAGACACUCCUCCCCCGCCCCCCGAAGAUUGCACAGCUGAAAACUCAGCGGUGGCUGAGAACGGUGACACUGUUGGCGCAGCGGUCAAGGCGGAUGCAGCAGACAUUGAUGCGGACAAUGAGGCGGACGGCGGAGAUGAUCCCACGGCUCAUUUGGAAACAAGUUCUCGGCCAAAACGACGCUCGCGUUCACGAACUCGGUCCCGCGGAUCCAAAGAUCUCAAGCUGAAGCGAGCUGCAUUAUCCCCUGCUCCAAGUCCUCUUGUGCCCAGUGAUUCUUCGCAAGACGAGGGAGCUUCGUCCCCUCUCGCACCGUCAUUAGCCUCUCCGAUCCCGUCCAAUCUCGCUGCGCUGCAGCGAUCACGACUUCUCCGUUCCCCAACGCCCACAUCGAACACGCGGCCGCCGACACCCAACCUGCCGUCUCUCGAGGACUUACAGCGUGGGCUUUUCCGGUCUAACAGCGUAGGAUCGACUUCUGUGGGUCGCAUAAUGGCCAUGCACAAGUUGACGGGUGGAACGGAAACUUAUGAACCUUCGCCGGCGCCCGCAACACCGCCCCUGCCGGGAAAACUGGGCCGUAACAACACGGUGUCGGGUGGAGAGCGGAGCGCGGUGAGAGAGUUUAUGCUCAGUAGGCUUGGCGAUAGACUUGCCAAAGGAACGGAUGCCGAGCCGGUCAGUGAACGGGAAGAAUACUCAGCGCCUUCGCCCUCGCCCACCCCAAGGAAGAAGCGAAGACGAUCGCGGCGGGGCUCAACCAGUGCCAACGCUGGUGUUUCGGACUCAGAGUUCAUGUCGACCUCACCGAAUACCCCGAUCGUCCCGUCCACACCUCUGCCUUGGGAGCAACUUCCGGAGCCUGUACCUCCCAUCGCGGGCCCUAGUCGAGCAACGAGUCCGCGUGGUUUGUUUUCAGAUCGUGAAGAGACGUCGUCUCCGGCCCUAAACCGCGAUCCAUCCCCCGCCCUUGCGCCAUCGUCUGCCAGGGACAGUCCGGCAUCCCAUGAUCGACCACGGCGGCGGAGUGUCCUCGUCGAGGACGACGACGAUCGCGUCCCAUUCCGCCCUGGGCCUCCCGUUGUGGCUGCGUUGCCUAGGACGCCGCCAGUGUACUCGGUGCCUGUGAGCCGCCAAAUGACGCCAGAGUUCCCGAUGCGCCACAGUCCGUUCGCACGGCCUCUGGAGGAGCGGGUGUCACGUGAAGAGGACGAGGAGAAGGUCUUGUAUCCAGGCGAUUCGUACGACGGCUACGAUGACAACUUUCAGCGCGAAAUUAGUUGGGUUGCAGAUCCCCUGCCUGAGAUCAUGGAUGAUGAUGUCGAGGAAGAAGACUACGGGGUGCCGCAGCCGUCAUCCCCCGAGUCCUCAUCACCUCCGCGCGAACUAUACGACGACAGCUCUCCACAGAACUCAGUCAUGAUCGAGCCCGAGACGUCCCCGGAAAUAGCGGCAGCACAAGUUCCCCCUUCUCCGACAUCGGUCGCGGGGUUAUCUCAACUCAUGCGCAGUGGCAGCGAGGACUCGACGUCAUAUCCGCAGACAGUUCCUUUGACAACUGACCUGGAGUGGGAUGACGGCAAGCGCUGGGAGGCCUCGACCAGCAGCAGCACAUGGGACAAAAUAAAGACGACGUUUAGCCGCUCUGGCUCGGCAUCGGGCAGACGCUCGCGCUCGAACAGCAUUGUCACGCGUGACAGACGCGACCACACCGACUCCAGUGCCAGCAGAGAGAGCGGCGCGUCGCUCACCAAGGGAGAGCUCAGUCCUGCCCUGAUGAGCCCGCCGAUCAUGAUGCAAGCGUCGGCAUCUGCUUCGGCUGUGUCCCUGUCGGCGUCCGGGUCCGCGUUUCCGGCCCCGUCCUCUGCUGAUCUGCUCAAAUACCAGAAUGCGAAGCUCUUCCCGUUCCCUGGCAUGAAGAAACUGGAGGAACAGCAGCGGAGUCGUAAAGGGAACUUGACCCCAUCCGCAUCCAGCCCGGACGUGGCUCUCUUCAGCGGAUACGAGACAGAAGGGACUCAGAACUCGAUCGCAUCCUAUGCAAACACGCCUCUCCAGUCGCCAGAGCAUCGCGAUCGCAAAUUGUCACAUCAGCUGUCGGACUCGCGCUUGCUGGAGCGUUACACGUCGCCCUACUCGUCUCCGCCGUCGUCUGUGACGCCAUCAGCGCCACCACAGAUGGAGUACUUUACGCUGCCGCCGCUGUCUCCGAGCUCUUCGUCUGUGCUUCCGAUGACACGAGCCGCUGUGAAGCAGUGGCUCAGCCGACGUCAGAAGUCGUCUCAGAAUAAGCUCUCCCUCACUGAUCUGACUAAAGGCAAGGACUGGGAGGACGACCUGGAACUGCCGGAAAGCAAGACUGUGACAGCCGCGACUUCACCUGUGACCACGGUGACUACCCCAGAACCAAGAGAACCGCCGCCACCCGUUGACAUCACGCCCAAGGCAAGGAUGAUGGCCUCGCCGCCGCUGUUCGACGAAAACUCUCAGUUUUAUUAUAACCCCCGACCGGCCAUUCCAUCGCCACCGGAUCCUCUGUCGGCAACUCCCGAUCCCGGCUCGUCUCUGAGCGACUAUGCCCGAGGGUCGACAUCCGAGUCAUCCUCGACUAAUUCGUCACACUACUCCGACGGCGGCCACGUCGAGUCACAAGGCUCUCUCAUCCUGGAGAAGCUGGAGGAGAAUCUGGCCCGCAGCUCGCGCAGCCCGAUGUGGGCUUCGGUCAUCGAUGAGCCGCCGCGUCGGUUCCUGAUGUCGUCUGCGUGCUUGCAGGUGGUCAACGCCAACACCAUCAAGGACCGAUUCUUGUUUUUGUUCUCAGACAUUCUCGUUAUCACCAAGCCUAUCAUGCAUGAGAACGGCAGCUUUGUUGAUGCGCAGAAGCCGAUGUUUGCCGACCGACGAUACAUCGUCAAAAGCAUCGUCCAGAUCAGCCAGAUGCGGUUCAAUGCAGACCGCACGGAUCUGCAGACCAAGGCCAGCAACUACAGCAGCACGCCCCGCAGCCAGUUGAUCCGCGGCUUCAUCUCGCACUUCAGCACCGACAUGGAUCAGGCCGUCUCCGCUUUACUGUCUCAGGCGAAUCUACACAGCGACCCCACCGUCCUCGGCCACUUGAUGUUCAAGACAGUCGAUCUCGAUCGGGCUCGAUUGGGAGAGUAUCUUGCUCGGCGGACGUCCAAGCUGGUCCUCAAGGCUUAUCUGGACAGCUUCCACUUUGUGGGCGUGCGCGUCGACCGAGCGUUGCGCGCCUUUCUGCUCUCGCUGGUCCUGCCGGAGCCGCCGGAGCCGCAUUCCAAGGCGCCAGGCAACUCCGCAUUCAACUACAUGAUCGAUGCCUUCUCGCACCGUUGGUACGAGGCCAACGCGCGCAUCGUCGUGUACGACAAGGAUCUCGCAAAUCAGCUGGUCCAUGCUCUGCUGCAGCUCAACGUCUGGAUGCACGGCGGGUUGGCUUGUGAGCCCGGUCCCACCGCAUUGCCGCGGCGGACUAUGGCUCCCAAAGACUUCAUCAACGCUUUCCGCCAGUUCGAUCAGCGUGGGCUCAUCGCUGAUGAGACUCUGGAGGCUGUCUUCAAGUCUGUGAGAGAGGAGCGACUGUCCCAGGCCCGGAUUCCACACGGUGUCCCCGAUGUUCCGAUCUUGCUGAAGCGGCCUCUGCCUGGCCGUUUGAUCUACAAAGUUUCCUCCGAUCCCAUUGUCCUCAGGAUCCCACAGGCCGACCCCGAUCUCGUGAUUCACCUGUACGGCCAAGAUCUUGUCUUCGACCCUCCGCGCAUCUCGUUCUCGCGGUCCGGAGAAGCCUCCUUCAGAGUCACCGCGACGUCCUUGGGCACCAAGACGAUGAUUCUGUGUCGUGGCGGUCCCAAUGCCCUCAAAUACUCGGGACUGCCUCUGAGUCAUCCGUUCCUUGUGGAGCGUGCGUUCAUGCGCAAUACAUUCGAGAUUGCGUUUCUGAAUCACCACGGACUGAAGCGACGGUACAUGUUCAGCUUCGACGACCCGCUCAUUCGCCACCAAUGGGUAGUCUCGCUGCAGCGCCAGCUCGACAGUGGCUCGUCGAUCUCGUCCAGCUCGCUGUCGCAGCUGUCCCAGAGCGUGCCCAAGUUCCAUCGUGCGGCUGAGAUCAUGGCUUUGAAGGCUCUCCAGCAGACUUUGAUGGGCUGUGACACCACCGACGCCAACGCUCCUCCGCCAGUCCGCUUAUCUGUGCAAAAGCUUCGACCGAACGGGUUGUCUCGGCUGGACGCCAAUGCGUCUUUCCGGUUCCCUCCGGAAUCUCGCUUUGUCGAUCACGAGCAGAACCCUGCCCAGCCUGGGCUCCAUAUCCGGUCCAAGUCGCGCAGCAAGGUGUAUCACAAGGACGGUGCGGGCAGAAAUGAGCUCGAGCUGAACGAUGUCGGCGAUGCCGAGGUUCCAGAUGAGCACGGCGAGCAAGAUCCCACGGCGCGUGUCGAUGGUCCGCUGUGGACAUCCCACGAAUUGGUCCUUCAAUGUGCACAGAAUAGUUCUAUCGUCACCGUUCUUUCUUAUCUGCAAGUGGGCGCUCCAGAAAACGGAUUUCAUUAAUCGGAUCUGCUAUUCUAUUAUUCCCUCUCCUCUGUGCUCUCAUCUGAAUCCAUGUUGUGCAAACCGCAAUUUAUACGUGUUUAAUAUGUACCUGCAUUAUCUAGACGUCCUGCAGCAAUCGCAUCGUAAGCUAAUUACAGACCACUCAGCUUUGUCUGUAUUUGCCGAUUCCCGACCUCUCUCUCGGUUCGCCAUCAACGCAAUCACCACUGUACCUUAGAUGCGCCCUCGGCAGCGCUAACCCCACACUAAUAUUUCUGUCGUCGGCGCCUGUCUAUCUAUACCGUAUACGCAUUACGCAUCGCUCCAUGUCCCGGUCCCGCAUCCAUGCUGAUGCGAACACCCGGCUGGGCAAAUCAUGGUUCGACUACGAGAAUUCCCGGAUCGAUUGGAGCUCGCCUGAGAGAUGGGAGAUCGUACGCCGGUUGGGAGGCGGAAAGUACUCCGAGGUUUUCGAGGGGGUGGACAUGGCCAAUAGCGACCGCUGCGUGAUCAAGGUGCUGAAGCCCGUCGCGGCGAAGAAGAUAAAGCGCGAGAUCAAGGUCCUGCGUAAUCUGACCGGGGGGCCGAAUGUGAUUAGUCUGUUGGAUGUCGUACGAGAUUCCUCGGGGCGAUAUCAUAGUCUCGUUAUGGAAUACGUCGAGAAUGCGGACUGGAAACGGUUCUUGUCUGGGGUGACCGAGUCGGACGUAAAGCAUUACACCUUCCAGCUUCUCAUGGCGCUAUCGUAUGUCCACGAGCAUGGGGUUAUGCAUCGGGAUGUCAAGCCGGCAAAUGUAAUGAUAGAUCCCAAGACCCGCAAGCUACGGCUGAUCGAUUGGGGCCUGGCCGAAUUCUAUUUUCCUGAAACUGACUUCGCGAUCCGGGUGGGUUCGCGGUAUUACAAAGCCCCAGAGCUAUUGGUGGGCUAUAAACGAUACGAUUACAGCCUGGACAUGUGGAGUGUCGGGUGUAUGUUUGCUUCGAUGAUUUUCCGCAAAGAGCACUUUUUCCGUGGUUCCGAUAACGACGACCAGCUGCUCAAGAUUAUGCGUGUUCUGGGGACAGAAAAAUUCGACAUCUAUCUCAAAACGUAUCAUAUUCCCUUCGAGACUGAAUCCGACGCACUACUUGCUAGUUAUGGCAAACAAUCGUGGACUCGGUUCGAGACAGCAGAGAACCGGCAUCUCUUGCCGCCUGAAGCGCUCGAUUUCCUGGACAAACUGCUCCGAUACGACCAUCAGCAGCGACUGACCGCACAAGAGGCCCAAGCUCAUCCUUACUUCAACUCGGUCCGCCUUGAUGCGGUGUUGGGCAAAGACUAUGUCAGUGAUUCUGGGUUUGCUUCUGCGUAAAUUGCCGAUGGUUCCUAUGUAGCCUUAAAUGAUUAUGCCCAUGUAUGAGUAAGUACUUAGUGUCAGCUAGAUGCACGUUUUUUCUGUGCUUGCGGUAGAUCACUGGCGCAGUCCCAAUAUGGAACAGCCGCAAGUUUCAGGCAUGGGCCUAUGACAUGCACUUUCAAUGAGUUUUGGCAUCCUAAAUACCAGCAGAACAGGCGACACGGCUCCAUCUCAUAUCGACGACCAUGGCUGACCGCUCCCGCACAUCGAUGCCCGUAACAGCUAGCACCAACAGCUUCCGCACUCGCAGGCACUCCGAGUCGGAUCCGCUCCAGCCAUCGCUUUGGAGCCGACACCGCGAGACAUCCGUCUGGGUCGAGCACCAGAGCUUCGCCUGCCCCCGCGGCCAGAAAACAGAACAGUGGGUCCUCGACCAGCAGUUCUUCCACACCUACGAGGUAUCCCUGCGACCGGAUGGUGGUUCCCCUCCGUGGCAGCGCCGGCGGGCCGAAGCCGAGGCUCGGCUCGUGGCGGCGGCGCAGUACCGCCGGGACCUCGAGCGGGCGCGCAAAGUGCAGGAAGAGCUCACGCGCAUCCAAGCGCGGAUCUACCGCAAGCUGGCGCUGGACCGGCAGAUGGCCGCGGCCGAGCGCCUGCACGCGUCCGUCAGCCAGCAGGAGCGCGAGAGACGGAAGAGGGAUCGCGCGGACCGGGCUGUCCGGGAGGCCUGGGCGCGGUACGAGAAGGGCUGGGAGGAUAUCAAGGCUUCGGGCGAAUGCUCUGGGGGGCAGGGCCGCCACCACCUUGCGUUCGCCGCACUGCCGUGGCCGGUGCUGUGCGUGGCGCCGGGUUUGGAGGAUCUGACGUCCAGGAACGUGGCGGAGCUCUUGCUCGCACCGUGUCAUUCGCAGAGGCUGAGCGUGAAAGAGCGAAUCCGGACGGCACAGCUCCGGUGGCAUCCGGACAGAUUCCGGCGCAUUCUGGACAAGAUCAAGCCAUCGGAUAGAGAGGCAGCGGAGAAAGGCGCGGUUUUGGUUGCCGGCUGUCUGAAUGAUUUGCUCGCGAGAGAGGCGUCAAAGUCUCCCUAGAUGACGAUUUGAGUACCG